AUGGCGCUUUGUCAAUUCCCAGUGAACCUUCACACUAUUUCCUCUUCUCCUCAAUUUCGUCGUCUUCAACCUCUGGACAUCUAUGUAAAAUCUAGCUUUUUCAUCAGUAGGCUCAGAUUUCAUAGCUUCAAUCACGCAAUUCGGUUUAACACCCGUGAACUGAAUGCCAUCGGAGCCGCCAUUGAUAUCGACACUCACCAAAGCAAGAAGAAGAAGAGAAAACCUAAACCGGGUUUCUUCGAAGAAAUUAGCGAUAAAUGGUCUUCUCGUAUCGGCCCUAAGAACAACAAUUUUCCUUGGCAGAAGCAGGAAGACCAAAUUCAACAACAUCGUGAAGAAGAAGAAAAUCCAUCUUCUGGGUUUGGUUUAUCUGGUAAGAAAACCGAUUCCAAUGUCCGAUAUUCUGCGAGUGAAUCGUCGAGUUUCCCAAAGCCAAGCGGAUACAUGUCUGCUCCAUGGGUUAACAAUGGGUCUAAAGGAGUGAAAUCUCCGUCUAGCUCUGAGCAGGAUAUUCGAAAUUCGAGUUUCGAUAAUGGUUUGAUUGUAGAUAGAUAUAGAAGGGAUAACGAUUAUGGCAAUAGAGGUGUAGAUGGUAUCACUAGGGAAGCAAGAGAUUCGGAUUUGGAUGAUGAUAAUAGUCAAAGAGGGAUGAUAGAUUCAGGGAAAGAGAAAGGGAUAUGGAGAGGGAAGAAGAGUAAUACGGUAGUAGCAGAGAGGAUUGUACCAGAACAUGAGCUGAUAAGGCUGAGGAAAGUAGCUUUGAGAAUGAUUGAGAGAGUUAAAGUAGGUUCUGCAGGAAUUACGCAGGCGCUUGUCGAAGCUAUUCACGAGAAAUGGGAGGUUGAUGAAGUUGUGAAGCUGAAAUUUACUGAGCCUUGUUCUCUUAAUAUGAAGAGAACUCACGAAGUUUUGGAGAAGAAAACCGGGGGGCUGGUGAUAUGGAGGUCAGGAAGCUCACUCGCGUUGUACCGAGGAAUAAGUUAUAAGCUCAAGUGUGUUCAAUCGUUUAUUAAGCAGAACAAUCUCGAUUCAAGCCCUGAAAUCCGUCGAAUUGUAGAGCCAAGGGAUUACACACCAGAGGAUGCGAAUUACCCGAAGAAUGUACCUGAAGAACAAUUAUCCGAGCUAUGUGAAUUGAACGAUUUGUUGGACGAGCUUGGUCCAAGGUUUCAUGAUUGGACAGGGUGUGCUCCGUUGCCUGUAGAUGCAGACUUGCUUCCUCCAAUGGUUCUAGGAUAUAGGAUUCCGUUUAGGAUUCUUUCACAAGGAGUAAAACCUUCUUUGUCUGACACAGAGAUGACAGAAAUGCGCCGGCUCGCUAGGACAAGCCCACCACAUUUUGCUUUGGGGAGGAGCAGAGAGUUACAAGGUCUGGCUGUGGCAAUGGUAAAGCUAUGGGCAAAGAGCGCGAUUGCAAAAAUAGCAAUCAAACGCGGUGUGGAAAACACGCGGAAUGAGAGAAUGGCAGAAGAACUUAAGAGACUUACCCGUGGUGUACUUGUUUCGAGAAACAAAGAGUACAUUGUCUUUUACAGAGGCAAUGACUUCAUGCCUCCUGCCGUUGCAGAGGCAUUUACCGAGAGACAAAAGGAGAUAACAGAAGUUCUUCAAACCAAAGAGGAUCAAGUCCGGGAAAUGGCUUCAACAAGAGUCACACUCACAUCACAAGUCAAAUCGCCUAAAACCCAGUUGCUCGCUGGAACGCUUGCUGAGACUAUAGCUGCAAGUUCUCGGUGGGCACCAGAGGCAAGCAGCGUGGAUAUCGAAGAGUUAAAGAGAGAAUCAGCUUCCAUCAAAAGAGCUGCAUUGAUUAGAGAUCUCGACCUGAGACUUCUUUGUGCAAAGCAAAAGUUGAGGAGAGCUGAGAAGGCUUUAGCUAAAGUGCAGAAGGAUCUUGACCCAUCAGAUCUCCCGAGUGAUUCAGAAAUAAUCACAGAAGAAGAAAGAGUUCUUUUCCGCAAAAUUGGUUUGAGUAUGGAUCCUUUUCUUCUCGUAGGAAGACGAGAAGUGUAUGAUGGUACUAUAGAGAACAUGCAUUUACACUGGAAACACCGGGAGCUUGUAAAAGUGAUUGUUAGAGGGAAAUCUCUUCCGCAAGUCAAGCACAUCGCUAUUUCUUUGGAGGCUGAGAGUGGAGGAGUAUUGGUAUCCGUUGAUAAAACCAUGAAAGGCUAUGCAAUUAUACUUUAUCGCGGGAAGAAUUAUCAGAUGCCAUUCCGGCUUAGGCCUUCAAACUUGUUGACAAGAAAAAAGGCUUUUGCUCGAUCGAUUGAGCUUCAAAGAAGAGAAGCCCUGAAGCAUCAUGUUGCGGACCUAGAGGAACGGAUUGAGCUGUUGAAGACUGGACAGGACGAGGACAGGGAAACAAGCAAGAAAAGUGAUGCGGAGGAAGAGAACUUGUAUUUGAGAGUGGAUGAAUCUGAUUUUUCUUCCGAUGAGGAUGAAUCUUUGGAAUAG